AGACACAUUUUCAACAUCUUGUGUUCCAAGAAAGAAAUUCGUCUUCAUAAGGACCCACAAGACAGGAAGUACCACGACUAUCAACAUCUUUCAGCGUUAUGCCAUUUAUAACAAACUGAAUGUACUAAUGCCUGUGGGUCAUGGUGCACUAAGUUGGCCGUUCCCCCCAGAAGAGAAUGAGUACGUCCACAUGCCGGAGGAAAGAUACGAAGCGCUGUUUCACCAUUUCGUCUACAACAAGACGUGGCUACUGAGCAAGUUUCCACCAGAGACACAGUACAUAUCUAUUCUACGACGACCAUUUAGUAAUCUCAAGUCUCAGAUGAAUUACUACCACCUCAGAGGGGUCCUUGGUAUCAAACGCACUAAGAAUCCGGUAAGGAUUUUCCUGCAAGACCCCUGGCAGUACAGGAACAGGUCCCAGACAUUCUUCCCUCACGCGAACAUCACGUGGGACGGGACCAGGAACCCCAUGACCUUUGACAUGGGGUGGCCGGCCGAGAGGGCAGAUGAAGUAGAGGAAGCUCGUAAGUACAUCAGCGAGUUAGACGAAGAUUUCACCCUUGUGAUGAUUCUUGAGCACUUGGACGAAUCCAUUGUGCUUCUGAGGCGUCUGAUGUGCUGGGACCUCCGAGAUGUACUAUUAUACUCCAGUAGAAAAAACUCACGCGGUUACCCGUAUAAGACGUACAAGGCAACACCAGAAGAACUGGAGAACCAUCGUGCCUGGAGCGCCGUGGAUUACAUGCUGUACAACACGUUCAACAAUUCACUGUGGAGAAAGAUCAAAGAACAGGGUCCAGACUUCUACGACGAGCUAAAAUAUUUCAAACGCAUCAAGAAUGACGUCAGCAACUUCUGCAUGAGAACAUCGAAAGGUCAUAAUAAAGGCAACCAGUCCAUGGUCGUAACCGCAUCGAAAUGGAACCCUGAAUUUCAAGUGGACCAGAAAUUCUGUUGGUACAUCACAAGACCAAAGGCAAUCUACCUUGACCUAGAGAUCAAAGGAAGAGGAUACACGAAAAAAGAGAUGGACUACGCUGUUAUGACUCUGAUCUAUAACUACAGACUUUUGCGCAUGGGAAUGCCAUCUUACAAAAACUUAGGCGAGGCCAGGGCGGCUGGCAUUAGGGGCAUAGGGGGAGGACCCGGAAAAAUGCGCGUUAAAUCAAAAGCGCCAAGAAUGAAACUAAGAAAACUGCUGGUUUAUGGACUCUUGACGGGGGUCUCCACCACACUGUUAUUAUUCACUGUUCACCAAUCUUACGUGCCAAACACGUCCUAUCUAAACACCGAGAGACGAAACAACAGGUUUCAGGUCAAUAUACCCACGCACGACACCCUAAGAACACAAGACAAAGACACUUUUUCAAGAUCCUGUGCCCCAAGAAGGAAAUUCGUCUUUAUAAGGACUCACAAGACAGGCAGCACCACGACUAUCAACAUCUUUCAGCGUUACGCGAUUUACAACAAACUAAAUGUACUAAUGCCUGUGGGUCAGGGUGCGUUAAGUUGGCCGUUCCCCCCAGAAGAAAAUGAGUACGUCCACAUGCCGGAGGAAAAGUACGAAGCGCUGUUUCACCAUUUCGUCUACAACAAGACGUGGCUACUGAGCAAGUUUUCACCGGAGACACAGUACAUAUCUAUAGUAAGAAAACCGUUCAGUCAUCUCAAGUCUCAGAUUAAUUACUUCCACCUGCCGAAGACACUUGGGAUCCAACACAGUAACAACCCUGUGAAGAAGUUCCUGCAGGACCCCUGGAAAUUCAGGAGCAGGUCCGAGACAUUCUUCCCUCACGUGAACAUCACGUGGGACGGGACCAGGAACCCCAUGACCUUUGACAUGGGCUGGCCUGCCGAGAGGGCAGAUGAAGAAGAGGAAGCUAGUAAGUACAUCAGCGAGUUAGACGCCGAUUUCACCAUCGUGAUGAUUCUUGAGCACUUGGACGAAUCCAUUGUGCUUCUGAGGCGUCUGAUGUGUUGGGAACUCCGAGAUGUUCUGUUAUACUCCAAGAGGAAAAACUCACGCGGUUACCCGUAUAAGACGUACAAGGCAACACCAGAAGAACUGGAGAACCACCGUGCCUGGAGCGCCGUGGAUUACAUGCUGUACAACACGUUCAACAAUUCACUGUGGAGAAAGAUCAAAGAACAGGGCCCAGGUUUCUACGACGAGCUGAAAUAUUUCAAACGCAUUAAGCAUGAUGUCAGCAACUUCUGCACUAGAACAAUGACAGUUCAAAAUGGAGGCAAUCAGUCCAUGGUUGUGACAGCAUCGAAAUGGAACCCUGAAUUUCAAGUGGACCAGGAAUUCUGUUGGUACAUCACAAGAACAAAGGCGUUCUAUAUGGACAGGGAGAUCAAAGGGCGGAAAUACACGAAAAAAGAGAUGGACUACAGUGUUAUGACUCUGAUCUAUAACUACAGACUUUUGCACAUGGGACUACCAUCUUACAAAAACUUAGGCGAGGCCAGAGCGGCUGGUAUAAAAAACUUACAGAGAAAACGUAUACGCAUUGAGAAAGCACCCUAAUAUUACUUGUGUCGAAAAUCUCCACAUAAAGUUAUAGAAUCGCGUGCGUAUGAUACUAGUGUCUUGCAAGCAUCUCGGUGUUAUA